GGCUGGUGGCCCGGCUUCCAGAGCGGCGGCGGCCGAGCCGGGUGCGGGCUGUGGCGCGGCGGCGGGUCGGCGGCCGGAGCCGGAGGACCAGCGCCUGGAGCCGGGCCGGAGCCCACGACUCGGCGACUCAGCGGCGGCGCUGCAGCGGCGGGGCCCGGGCGCGCGACCCGGCGGGCCGACGGCGGGGCAGCGGGCGGGCGCCGCGGGCCGGGGCGGCCCAGGCGAUGGAAUUGGAUAUGCUUCUAUGAAGAAUUGCCACGUGUCUCCACGGAUCCAGGAACAAACAUGUCCAGACUGCUGCCACCUUAGGGACAGGGCUGGAUGACAGCUCUCCCCGAGGAGUCAGGCGUGGUCUGACCCAGGAGCAGGAAACACAUCACCACCAAUGACAUCAUGACAGCAAGAGAGCACAGCCCUCGCCAUGGCGCCAGGGCCCGUGCACUGCAGCGGGCUUCCACCGUCGAUGUGGCCGCGGACAUGGUUGGCCUCUCCCUGGCAGGAAAUCUACAAGAUCCAGAUGAACCCAUUUUAGAGUUCAGCUUAGCUUGUAGUGAGCUGCACACGCCAUCGCUGGACCGGAAACCAAAUAGUUUUGUGGCAGUGAGUGUGACCACCCCUCCGCAGGCGUUCUGGACGAAGCACGCGCAGACCGAGAUCAUCGAGGGAACCAACAACCCUAUAUUCUUAAGCAGCAUUGCCUUCUUCCAAGACUCCCUCAUCAAUCAGAUGACGCAGAUCAAGCUCUCCGUGUACGACGUCAAAGACAGAUCUCAGGGAACAAUGUACCUGCUGGGCUCCGGGACCUUUAUUGUCAAGGACCUGCUCCAGGACAGGCAUCAUCGGUUGCAUUUAACACUGAGGUCUGCGGAGAGUGACCGUGUGGGUAACAUCACGGUGAUCGGCUGGCAGAUGGAGGAGAAGUCAGACCAGCGGCCUCCAGUGACCCGGACUCUGGACACCGUCAACGGGAGGAUGGUCCUGCCCGUGGACGAGAGCUUGACCGAAGCGCUGGGAAUCCGAUCCAAAUAUGCUUCCUUGCGUAAAGACACUUUACUGAAAUCGGUGUUCGGCGGCGCCAUCUGCCGCAUGUACCGCUUCCCCACCACCGACGGCAACCACCUGCGGAUCCUGGAGCAGAUGGCGGAGAGCGUGCUCUCCCUGCACGUGCCCCGGCAGUUCGUGAAGCUGCUGCUGGAGGAAGACGCGGCCAGAGUGUGUGAACUGGAGGAGCUGGGGGAGCUGUCUCCCUGCUGGGAGAGCCUCCGGCGCCAGAUCGUCACUCAGUACCAGACCAUCAUCCUCACGUACCAGGAGAACCUGACUGACCUGCAUCAGUACAAAGGUCCCUCGUUUAAAGCGAGCAGUUUGAAAGCAGAUAAAAAGUUGGAAUUUGUUCCCACAAACUUGCACAUACAGAGGAUGAGGGUUCAGGACGAUGGAGGAUCAGAUCAGAGCUACGACAUCGUCACCAUCGGGGCGCCAGCCGCUCACUGCCAAGGUUUUAAAUCAGGAGGCCUCCGCAAAAAGCUGCACAAAUUUGAAGAGACCAAGAAACACAGUUUUGAGGAGUGUUGUACGUCGUCCAGCUGCCAGUCCAUCGUCUACAUCCCACAGGACGUCGUCAGAGCCAAGGAAAUCAUCGCCCAGAUCAACACCCUGAAAACCCAAGUGAGCUACUACGCAGAGCGGCUCUCCAGGGCGGCCAAGGACAGGUCUGCCACUGGCCUCGAAAGGACACUGGCCAUCUUGGCAGACAAGACCCGGCAGCUGGUCACCGUCUGCGACUGCAAGCUGCUGGCCAGCGCCAUCCAUGGGCUGAACGCCGCGCGGCCCGACUACAUCGCCUCCAAGGCCUCCCCCACCUCGACUGAGGAGGAGCAGGUGAUGCUCAGGAACGACCAGGACACGCUCAUGGCCAGGUGGACGGGCAGGAACAGCCGGUCUUCCCUGCAGGUGGAUUGGCACGAGGAGGAGUGGGAGAAAGUGUGGCUGAACGUGGACAAGAGCCUGGAGUGCAUCAUCCAGCGGGUGGACAAGCUGCUGCAGAAGGAGCGCCUGCUCGGUGAGGGCUGCGAGGACGGCUUCCCCUGCUCGGGCAGCGGCACCAGCAAGAAAGGUAACCGGAGCAGCCGCGCCUACUGGAUCCGACCGGAGCACCCCUUCUGUGAUGCCCCCUCCUCACCACGCCCCGCCUCCAUGCCCGCCUCCAUGCCCUCUGCUGCAUGCCAUCCUCACCUGACCACACAUUGCAGCCCCCCUCCUGAAGAAUCCAGCCCAGGUGAGUGGAGCGAGGCGCUUUACCCGCUGCUGACCACACUCACAGACUGUGUGGCCAUGAUGAGCGACAAAGCCAAGAAGGCCAUGGUCUUCCUGCUCAUGCAGGACAGCGCGCCCACCAUCGCCGCCUACCUGAGCCUGCAGCACCGCCGCGACGCCGUCUUCUGCCAAACCCUGACGGCUCUCGUCUGCGGCUUCAUCAUCAAGCUGAGGAACUGCCUGCACGACGACGGCUUCCUGCGGCAGCUCUACACCAUCGGGCUGCUCGCCCAGUUCGAGAGCCUGCUGAGCACCUACGGUGAGGAGCUGGCCAUGCUGGAGGACAUGAGCCUUGGAAUCAUGGACUUGAGGAACGUGACCUUCAAAGUUACACAGGCCACUUCCAACGCAUCGACUGACAUGCUGCCUGUCAUCACAGGAAAUCGUGACGGGUUUAACGUGCGGAUCCCUCUGCCGGCCCCCCUGUUUGACACCCUGCCCCGGGAGAUCCAGAGCGGCAUGCUGCUUCGGGUGCAGCCAGUCCUCUUCAACGUGGGCAUCAACGAGCAGCAGACGCUGGCCGAGAGGUUUGGCGACACAUCCUUACAAGAAGUUAUCAACAUGGAGAGUCUGGUGCGGUUGAACUCCUACUUCGAGCAGUUUAAGGAGGUGCUGCCUGAGGACUGCUUGCCUCGCUCUCGGAGCCAGACGUGCCUGCCGGAGCUGCUGCGGUUCCUGGGCCAGAACGUGCACGCCAGGAAGAACAAGAACGUGGACAUCCUCUGGCAAGCGGCUGAGGUCUGCCGCCGUCUUAACGGGGUCCGGUUCACCAGCUGCAAGAGCGCCAAGGACCGCACGGCCAUGUCGGUGACGCUGGAGCAGUGCCUGAUCCUGCAGCACGAGCACGGCAUGGCCCCCCAGGUCUUCACCCAGGCCCUGGAGUGCAUGCGCAGUGAGGGUUGUCGAAGAGAAAAUACAAUGAAGAAUGUUGGAAGUCGCAAAUAUGCGUUUAAUUCCCUGCAGCUGAAGGCUUUCCCCAAGCAUUACAGGCCUCCCGAAGGGACUUACGGCAAGGUUGAAACUUGAACACGCGUGUCCUCUCCUUAGCUGUUUAGAGCCUGUGGGUGCCCUCUAGUGUCAUUCCUGUUCUUCACGAAGACCUGGGGACUGGUUUUUACUUUGUGUUUUUUAAAAGAUAUUCACUAAAGCGUCUAUGAAGCAUGUUUUUACUCGGUUGGAAUUAGUAGGAGGUAAUGUUGGUCAAUAGUGUGGAUAGUAACAACUGCCCAUUUACCCGCCUGCAGCCAGAGCUCCACAGAGAGACGUGGUGAUCCUCACCGGUGGGGCGCCAGCUCGGCAGGCCUGAGACGCUGAGGCGUUUUAAAUGCCCCGCAGGCAGCUGCUCACUUAUUUUUCUACUAAGUAACUCAAAAUUGAGCAUCGAAUUACAAUCUACUUAUAAACCUGAAUGUAAAACAACAAAUAGCAAACAAACAGUUGGGUCCUGGACAGACAGUAAGUGUUAGAUGUGAAUUCCAGUUUGGGGAGAGGGGAGAGCAGGUGGCUCGGAAUGACCCUGAGGGCACAGGUGGGGCCAGAGCGCAGGCUGAGAAGCAGCAGACGGGCCUGAUGGAAGAGGACAGGUGCCAGCCGCGCGCUCACACGGGUGGUGCUUCUGUUCCGCCGAGGUCUGGCACGGUGUGAGCUUGGGAGCAGGGAGCCAGCUGCCUGCCUGCCCUCUCAGCCUGCGCGUCCGGCCCACCCUGCCCGGUGCAGGUGCCCUCCCC